CGAAAAUAGGAUCAGAAAGUGAAAAUGUCGCGCUUGGUUAUUUUAUCGGUUGUGAUUCUAGCAUCAACAGGUUUCUCGAGUGCGUUACAAGUACUGACAUUCCCGAGAACAGCAACGGUCGCAGAAAACCAGAAAAAUGUGAACUUACUGUGCAAAAUCCCUGGAGGAGAAUCGAUUGACUUCUGCAUUGUGAAUGUUCCUGGAGUUAAGGCCCCUUUCGCUAGUUCAGAUCGUCUACCGACACCAGUCGAGGGAAUCAAAUUCUAUGGCGAGGGUUGGAGCAAAGGAUCUUGUGGAGUUACCUUGGACAGUAUCAAGCCGGAACAUGACGGUACUUUUGAGUGUUCGGUAUCAAUCAAGGGUCAGCUGUACAAGGGUUCGAUCGAUAUUGUGGUGCAAGUGGCCCCUGAGCCUCCGAAAAUCGAGGUAUCCAGCAAUGUGGACAACAGCAAUGGAGAGUUGGACUUCGGCAAACCACUAACAGUUCGAUGCAUCUCUCGAAAUGGUUGGCCAGGUGCUAAACUUUCCUGGUACUUGGAUAGCACUCCAGUCACCACCGAUCUAGGAGGUCCUUUCUCUGAAACAUUCAAUCGACGAACGACAGUUCAACAGUACUUCCGGAAGCCUAUCACAGUUGAGGACAACCGGAAACGCUUGAUUUGUCGCGCCGAACAUGUUGCAUAUCCUAAUGGAUUCAUGGAAGUUGAGCUGCCCAUCAAGCUUCGGAAAUCAAACGGUAAUGAAAAUGCCAUUCGAGUUGAUGAAACAAAAGUUGUUCCGGUGAAACCAACUUUGCCAAAGCUUUUGGUGUCCAGUAGUACCCAAACCAAGGACGGAGCCUUCCGAGUUGGAUCGGACAUGGUUGUUCAGUGCAUUUCCAGAGACGGAAAACCAGCUGCCAGCUUUCUCUGGUUCUUGGAUGAUCAACUGAUCUACGAGGGGCUGUCUGUUCCGUUUCUGUCUUCGAGCUUCGGAAGGACCACGGUCCAGCAGGUGCUGCAGCGAAAGGUUCUGCCCGGCGAUAAUGGUAAAACGCUCAUCUGCAAGGUUCGUCAUCCAACGGGAACGAGUGAAACGCGGCUGAAAAUUGCGACUUUCAAUUAG